AUGGACCAGCCAAGGACCCAUUCAGGACCCACGACGGCCAGCAAUCCUGCCCCCAGCUCCACCAACUCGUCAUCUGCUCCCAGCGUGGCUAAUUCAAAACAGGAAAGAUCUUCUUCGUCAUUAUCCAAACCUUCGUCUGUGGUACCUUCAAAGGAUUCGCCCGAUGGUAACGCUAUUGCCAAGACCCAAGCAGCCGCUUUACAAAACGACAUGAAAUCCGGUGAUUCCAGUACACUAGAUGGCUCAUCUCAAAAUAUAAUUCCCAACAGAGCCUCAAUGCAAAAGUAUAUUGACCAAUCGUCGGAUCUGCUGUCGAGGAGUUCCGGCGUAAUAACACCCUCCAUGUCUUUGAAUGCGAGCACUGCUGCUACCAACAAUGAUAGCAGUGGCAAUUCAGCUAAUAGCAGUGAUUUAAAGAUCCCUAUAGACCGGGACAAUACCAUAUUCAAGACAUUCGACACCAAGACUGGUCAAUUCUUGAAAAACGAUGAUAAUGAGGAGGAAAUAAGGAGAAAUAAUAAAGUUGACUCAAUACCCCCAAAGGAUAUUUACACGAAUAUCAACAAUCCAUCUGCUUCCCCACCACCCUCUUCAAAGCAGCCUCCAUCUGCAUCUGCGCCGCAAUUGCCACCAGCAACGGAGCAGGACAAACAACAAGCAGGACAACAACAGCCACCAGGGAAUGCUUCUAACUUUUUGAGGAUAUUUUCAAAUAAGAAAAUGAGGUCGCAUUCCGUACCCACUAUAUUGCAUUCUUCUUUAAGAAAAUUAUCAUCUCACAAUCAAUACUAUCGUAAUCAAAAUAUUCUUUUAAAUCAUCAAACCACCUCCGGCAUAUCAAAGAAAAAAUUCUCUAGAAACCAUCACCAACCAUAUUUGCAUUCCAAUAACCCUCUCAGUUCAAACCCUCUUUCACUAAAGCGCGCAAUUUUUCUAAAUCAACAAAUAUCAGAUAACACAAGCACUAAUGCUAAUAAUGACAACAUCAAUAAUUCCACCGCCAAUUCAAUGACAAAUCAAAGCUUCCUGUCAGGCCCAAACUUUGACUUAACUUUGGAAGAUAGAAUAAACUACAUAAAGGCUACUCCAACGCCCGUUCCAUUUCCUCCAAUAAAUUUGCAGGGUUUAAAAGAGAUCGACUUACAAGAAAUUCUAAAGAACCCACAAUUAAGACAUGAUAUCAUAUUCGACCCGUUACUGCAAUUCAGGCCAAAUCUUGACGGCGAAAGAGGUAAUAAAAAAAGACAAUUGGCUAAUAUUUACUGGAAUGACGUUCAAAAUGAAAUUUAUGUUUACUCUAAGAAACCCGAAAUAUUUCAAUAUAAUAGGUCAAGACUAGUACCACUUUUUGACACUUUGAGGGAUGUAUUGUUAACCAUAGUCCCACAAAAAGAGUCUCCAAUGAUAAAUAAUGUACUGGACACAGAGUUGAAUAUUCAAGAGCUACUGAAAGGUUCUCUGAUAAUGUCUAACCUAUCAGGCUGGUUGGCUGAUUUAUUUAAACACCAUUGCGCCCCCAUGAGAGAUCCAUGGGUUGAUAAGAUGAGCAACAAAUUUAAAGAAGCUGAAAGAGACUCUUCUUUAAUAAGGUUAAUAGAAGGUUUAAGGCUGGUUUUUCAAAUUUUAGAAACAAUGAAAUUGGAUAUUGCCAAUCAUCAAAUAAGAAUACUAAGGCCAGCUUUGUUAAGUAAUGCUGUAGAAUUUGAGAAACAGUAUUUCAACACUCUUAUAGCCUCUAAAAGGGUUAAUUUAAAUACUUCUCUACUUUGGUUUGACAAAAAAUUCAACGAAAAUAUUUCCAUGGGCCUUGUUAGAAAUCCACAUUCCAUCACUAUCCCUGACGUCUACAAUAUUUGCAUUAGAAGUAUAAUUAACCUAUUGUCAUGUAGAAAAAUGGUGAGGGAGUAUCCAACUCCGCUUUCCUUUGAUCAUGCAAGAUUAAUCCUUUUGCGUGCCGAUAUUCGUCAAAUCGUUUGUAUUUUAGUUUGCCGCUUGCUUUUCCAACAACUAGUGGCCAACGAUCCUUCAAUGGGUAAAGCUACAAAGGAAUAUGUUAUUCAUACAUACUCGACCAAAAGACUGAAAAACGAAAUCAUCAGCAUUAUAACAGAUGAACACGGCAAUUGUAGGUGGACUAAAAAUACAAUGUCUAUUGCUGUUCACCUUUGCAAAGUUAUUGACGAUCUUCACAAAGAGUACGACAACAGUGAUAGUUGUGAACAAGCCACGAGGGCCCAAUUGCCUUCAUUGGACAAUGCCAAAAUCACUUUUGCUAAAUCAUGGUUAUCUAAACAAACUCAACCCCUCAGUGAAGUUUAUGGUGUGCUAGAGAAUAGAGUAUUCAAAUCACUGGAGGACGCUAUUUUCAACAGAUCCGAGUGCACAAUCGAUGGACGCGUUAAACAAGACUUUGUGUAUCUUUACAAUACAAAUAAUGGCAACGUAGGUAGCACAAGCACUUUGACUACCACUUCAGAUACUGCUAGCGUCAAAAUCAGCCCAUCCUUAAUGUCUCCUUCUAAAACCUUCGCCGCGACGCCUACUGGCAAUGCGACUGCAUCCAGAGGUUUAUUUGCAGCAACAGAGCUGGAAGAAUUCGAGAAUGUUUAUCGCCACUUAUAUGCAUUAAUAAACCUUCAUUGGUCCGUAUUCGGUCCUCAUUAUAUCGAAAUGUUAGGAGAUAAAGUUAAUAAAAAGGGAAUAUAA